GAUGUUCAGGGCCGAUGCCGGCUGGUGAUGGGAGUACCGUGUGGGAGAAUUCCAAGGGUUAAAAAACUAACAAACUAGUCGAAGUACAUGCGAGGGGAGUCACAGCGAGUGGUUUUUAAAUCUAUUGUAUAUAUCGACGUCGCGUUUAGCUUACAUGUCGGGUGAAACAGGUUUCACUAUUUAGUACUAAACUCAAUGCCAAACAACCAACAAGUCCGCUGUGAAAAAACAAACGCAGUGCGCGCCGUACUCACAAUGCGCAUAAAGCAAUUUCUUUUGCUAUGCGCAUUUUAUCAAUGUGUUAUUGCAUCUGCAACCACAGAAAAAAGUGAAAAGUUUGAUGCUGAUUAUAUCAACGAAAAUUUGGAGACACCGAGAAAAUUAAUUAAUGAUUUGAUUUUACAACAAACCGAUGCUAUAAAGAAAAUUGUAUUAGAGCAGCAAAUACCUCUAGGAACACAAGUCAAGUAUCCUACAAACACGAAGCAUGAUGCUGAUAUUAAAUAUAGCAACAAUAACGAUGUUAGUAAAACGAAAGGAACCAUUGAAACGGAAUCAAUCUAUGAGCUUAAAAAACAAUGCCAACACUUAAGUAGAAUUUUUGAUUCGGUCAUAUCAAUGCAACCGCAAAAGUUAGAUUCAACAUUAGAAAGAACAAAAACAGUAGAGGCAAUCGGCGCGUAUAAUCAACCAGAUUUGUUGAAGUUCAAGCCAAAAUUCUCAUCACCUCCGCCAAUGUACAUGCCGCAACCACAGCAAAUGCCUGGGAACUAUUUCAUCUUCACGCAAACCCCGGAAAUGUACGUACCAAGAAUCAACAAGUAUUCAGAUAAAAUGGACGAGGCGGCAAGUAAUACAGAAGAAGAUGUGAUUGCGCCAAGUGACGAAAUAGAAUAUGAAGAUGAGGAAGACAGUUUUACGACCACAACCACACAAUCGCCAGAAUUACCUGACUCGGACCCAACCAUGAGUAGCAUAUCUAGCACUUCCAGUACUACAACUGAACCAAUUCCGAUAAUGCCUAUAUUCAAAUAUGUUCCCCUUGAACCAAUAGUCCAAAAGAAGGUCCUUCUGCCAUCCGGCAAAAACAGUAUUUACUGGUAUCGUCUACUCCCAAAAACGCAAAGUUUCGUCCAAAUCCCAGAUACUCCUGAGACAGAGAACGUGAAAGUAGUGGCGCAGCCACAAAGCUUUAACGAAGGCACAUCCCUUCCUGCACAAUAUCAUUUCUACAUUGAUCCGCAAACUGGUGUAAUUAAAGCAAACACGGCCGCAAAACAAACUGUGCAACCGCAGUUUUUUAUCAAUCCACAAACUGGUAUGAUCUAUCAAAGUGCAUUACCACAUCAAUUCAUAUAUCAUAAACGCGUCACGUCGCAUCAACAGUACUCAAGAACAACCACGACGGAAAAAAAUAUGCUGCCUACCUACACCAUCGAUAUACCGCAGCCUGAGGAGGAACACGUCGAGUUCAAGAAAUCGAACAAGCACGAGUUUCGUUUCGUGAUACCCAUGGCGGUAUCGGGUACGCGGGCCCAGGUCUCUAAUUAUCCCUACCAAUUCGAUCCACUAGCCUAUUUGCCCAAGGACCAGCGGCCGGCGACAAUGAAUAUACCAGUACCUUACGUGCCCAAUUAUCAGAUGAUCCGCACUCUCUCGAUUCCGAGCGAGAUACCAAAACUCGCCGCAGAGAGAGGAUCUUAGUUUAAGAAAUAUAAGCCGGGAAAAUACACGUAAGUCUUUAUACCCAUGAUUAGAUAGACUUUGAAAAAUCAGAGAUAAUUUAUACAUUAAGUGCACUGCAGUAGUCAAUCAAAGACUGAUUAAUGAUUAAAACUUAAUAUUAUAUGAAGAAAUUGAUAGCAUAUUAUAAGAAAUUUAAUCUCGGCGUGUGUCGCGAUAGCAAUUGUUUUAUUCUUAGCUUUAAAUCACGAGCUUAAAAGGUCCAAAUCUAAAGGUAUUGUGACUAAUUCUUUGCUAAAGCGUACUUA